ACAUUUGGUGGAAACUUAGACUCUCGUGCCAUACGCGAUAAACUAGCGGUAGCAGUGCCAAGACACCGGCCUCGACGGUUCUCUAUCAGAUGAAUGAAUCGCAAAAUCGCUAGCUAGCGUUAGUUCAAUUAGAAGUGGCAUUCAUGUCAUGGUCAUUGCUAAGUAAAUAAUGAAUUAUAUUCUGAUGCACGUGGCUAAGGUAGCUAAUAAUAGUGACCCAAAUUAUUCAGCAAAAAAUAGCUGUCAGGCAUCACGGCUGAUGAUGCAAUCUCCCUGCAAUUUGGCAUAAUUAGCAAGAUAGCUGUCAUAACAUGCGCAAUUGUUAGUGGGCUGGUCAAUCGUACAUUUGUUUUCCAGCCUGUGUGAAUACAUAGUUCCUUUCAAUGGCAGAAUGUUGAGCUUCUUGCUCUGAGUCUGUCUCCACCUUUAGUCUCUCUAUCCUCAACUGUAUUGUUCUCUCUACCUCUCCCUACCUGUUUCUCUCUGCCUCUCUUUCUCUGUGUUUCUAUCUUUUUAAUUUGAUUUGAAUGCCAAGGAGCUGGAGCUCAGACCUUCCUACAUCACCGGAUCAGGUCGUGUUCAGUAGGACACACAGUUUAAUUAUUUUGUUUUUAUAUCCAGAUUUGUUCCUUGUGAACACAGCUCAGUGCUUGUCUGGUCCAGAGAUAGGCCUAGUUCUGAUUCCAGGGGUAAGUUAAGUCCUGCGCCCACCCAUGUCUCUGGGCUGUGAUAGGCCAGUUAGUUGGUUUAAUUCUGGGCUGUGAUUAGGCUUGAUGGUUUGAUUGACCCCUGCCUCUCGUGUUUUGUCCUCCAUGUUGUGAUGAUGCGUUAUGCCUGCCCUCCUCCCUAGUGAUAGGGUUGCUCACCAUUUUUCUCCUGUUCUUCCUGCUCGAUGCCAACCACCCUGCUGGGGCCAAAUCUACGUCCAUCAUCAUCUACCUCCUCCACAUGUCACUACUUGGGAUCCAAACACUUCCACUGGAUAUUCCUGGAUAACCCUGCUUUUGAAUUGGAUAACCCCUCACCUGUCUUGGUGGAUGUUUUUUCUAUUGGACUGUACUGCUGAUGUGAUGCCGCACUCCUGAACGGCCAUUUGUGGUUGUUUUUUGGUUGCUUUUCCUGCUGCAAUAAAUACCCUGGGUAUGGCAUCCCUGUGUCUGUGUACGGGGUUGGCGGGCCAUCGGUCUUGAUUGUGUGACCGCUCUCUACGCACCCUUUCUGGGAUGACUGUGUCUCAGAUUGAUGAGGAAGUGGCCAAAUUGUUAAAGCUGAAGGCUCAAAUUGGAGGAGAUGAAGGCAAACACCAAUUCACGCUCAAGACUGCUAAGGGCACCAGGGACUAUAACCCUAAGCAGAUGGCCAUCAGAGAGAGAGUCUUCAACACCAUCAUUCGCUGUUUCAAACGCCACGGAGCCGAGACCAUCGACACGCCCGUCUUUGAGCUGAAGGAAACGUUGACGGGAAAGUAUGGGGAGGACUCUAAGCUCAUCUAUGACCUGAAGGACCAAGGAGGAGAGCUGUUGUCCCUUAGAUAUGAUCUCACUGUGCCCUUCGCCCGUUACCUGGCCAUGAACAAGAUCACCAACAUCAAGCGCUACCACAUCGCCAAGGUCUAUCGCCGUGACAACCCUGCCAUGACCCGCGGCCGCUACAGGGAGUUCUAUCAGUGUGAUUUUGACAUUGCAGGCCAGUACGACCCCAUGAUCCCAGAUGCUGAGUGCCUGAAGAUUGUCCACGAGAUCCUGAGUGAGCUGGAGCUGGGAGACUUCCGCAUCAAGGUGAACGACAGACGUAUUCUAGAUGGGAUGUUUGCAGUGUGUGGUGUUCCAGAUGACAAGUUCCGUACUAUCUGCUCCACAGUGGACAAACUGGACAAGAUGUCGUGGGAGGAUGUAAAGAGUGAGAUGGUGAAUGAGAAGGGUCUCUCUGAGGAGGCAGCUGAUCAGAUCGGACAAUAUGUCAGUAUGCAGGGGGGAAUGGACCUAGCUGAGCGCCUACUGCAGGACGCUAAGAUGUCGCAGAGCAAGCAGGCGUGUGCCGGCCUCACAGACAUGAAGCAGCUCUUCAGCUACCUACAGCUCUUCCAGGUCACAGACAAGGUGGUGUUUGAUCUAAGUCUGGCCCGUGGGUUGGACUACUAUACAGGAGUGAUCUAUGAGGCCAUUCUGACUCAGAACUGCCCGGUCAAUGUGUCUGCGACCCAGAAUGGGGUGGACGAGAAGGCAGAGGAGGGGGUGAGCGUGGGCAGCGUGGCGGGUGGCGGGCGCUACGACGGCCUGGUGGGCAUGUUUGACCCCAAGGGCAGGAAGGUGCCGUGUGUGGGGGUCAGCAUCGGCAUCGAAAGGGUCUUCUCCAUCAUGGAGCAGAAGGCUGAGGCAUCGGCCCGGAAGGUGCGCACCACAGAGACCCAGGUCAUGGUGGCCUCGGCACAGAAGAACCUCCUAAACGAGAGACUCAGACUGACCGCUGAACUGUGGAACGCUGGGAUCAAGACAGAGGUGAUGUAUAAGAAGAACCCCAAGCUGCUGAGCCAGCUGCAGCACUGUGAGGACUCUGGGAUCCCCCUGGUGGCGAUCCUGGGGGAGCAGGAGCUCAAGGACGGGGUGGUGAAACUCCGAACAGUCCACAGCCGGGAGGAGGUUGACGUAUCGAGAGCAGAACUAGCAGAGGAAAUCAAGAAAAGGACCUCAGAUGUCUAAGUCAUGGUCCAAAAAGUUCACCACAGGCAAACAGGGCUCACUGCUGCCUUCAACUGUGGAAUUUGUUCCACUCGUCCAGGCUGCUCUCAUUAUAUUAAGGCAGUGGUUUCAUGCCAACUACCCAGACACCUGCGUAGCCUCAAGGACAAUGAACAUAAGACAUACUGUUGCAAGUCACUGCAUUACAGCUUCAGUCUGAGCACCAAGGUAAAAUAUGCCUGUUCUUUUAACCCACAAAUAAACAGAUUCAUCUGGUA